AUGGCGCCCCCUAAGGACGACAGGAACAGCUCCGAAGAGAGCGACGACGAAUCGGAGGAGAUAGAAGAAGAGGAGGAGGGGCAGGACCGUCCCGCCACGACUGUGCAUGGCCGGGGCGGCGGUAAAGGCUCCCGGCCGCUGGUUCCGCCGACGGCGACGGAGAGCCGCAAGCGGCUGUUCGAGCUGCUGGAGCGGCGCAUCGGCGGUGUAACGGCCGCGAUGGACGGCGGCGCCGGCAGCGGCAGCAACAGCAGCCGUCGGAUGAUGUACGGCGAGCUGCCCAUAAAAAACGCCGCCAAGAAGGCCAAAUUGCUGACGGACCUCAAGUCGCAAUUCGACGACUGGCACAGCCGCCUCAGGUCGAACUUUUCCGUACUGUUGUACGGGUUUGGAUCUAAGCGGGGCCUGCUUGACGAGUUUGCUCGGCUGCUGGCGGGGCCCAGGAACAGGGGCGACGCGGCUGUGUUGGUGUUUCACGGCUACAACCCCCGCUGCACGGCUCGGGAGGUGGUGGGGGGAGUGGCGGCGGCGCUCAUGCAAAGAACUUACAGGGGCCUCGGGGGAGGGGGAGGGGGAGGGGGCAGCGCCGCCGCCGCCGCCACCACCACCGCGAUGGCCGGGCCUGCCGCCACCGGCGGCGGAGGCGGCGCGCCUGCCGUACUUCGAGCCCUCGUAGAGGACAUCCGUGGGGAGCCUCUGAACCGACAUGCGUUCGUUGUGAUUCACAAUAUUGACGGACCUGGUCUACGGGGGGACGUGUCGCUACUGAGUGCCUUGGCGGCUUGCCCGCAGGUCCACGUCAUCGCGUCCAUUGACCACGCGCUGGCGCCCCUGCUGUGGGAUUCCGCAGAUGCCGCCCGAUUCAGAUGGCAGCACAUCAACGCCACCACCUUCCAGCCGUACCUCGCGGAAAUCAGCGGCGCACAGUCCGUGCUUAUGAGCGCCUUUAAGUCGGGUGUGGUGACGGCGGGUGCGGGCACGGUGCUCCGGAGCCUAGUGCUGGGCGCCCAGGAGGUGUUCAAGGUGCUAGCAGAGCACCUGCUGGAGGACGAGGAGUGCGAGGGAGUGGCGUUUGCGCACCUGUGCAGGAUGUGUCGCGAGCGCUACCUGGUUCGUGACGAGCGGGUUCUCCGUCAGCAUCUGGUGGAGUUCGUUGACCACCAGUUGGUUCGGUUGCGACCCGCCUCUGACGAUAGCGGGGAGCUGCUGACCAUACCCAUGACCCGGACAGACAUACAGGCGGUGUUGGAGGACCUCAGGGCGGCGAGAGGGGAGUGA